CGGCCUCCAUCGUUUGUCCAGCGCCCCCACCCACGCUGCUUCCCUCCGCGCGAACCCAUGGGGCCGGAGAAAGCGGGAAACGGGAAUCAUGGAGAAAAUAGCAAGAGCGAGGCGGUCAGCCACGUGGCGAACUCGCCCAAGAGGCUGGGCGCAGAGCUCCCCAAAAAGGGAGAAUUCAAAAAAGCGGUGCCAAAGAAAAAUAUCCUGAGUGAUUACAGAGUAAACAAAGGGGUGCUCCUGUCGAACGAGAAGUUAGCGAAGAAUGCGGACUCGUCCGACAGGGAGGUGGCAUCCGGUGGCAACAAAGAAGACAGUGACGAGGAGAGUGACCUUAAUAUUACUGUUGGACGGGGCGGAGGCACUCGAUCGAAAAGAGAUACAACGGCUGCAGCCGGAGAAACCGCCACCACCGCCGCCAUCACCACCACCGCCACCGCCGCUAAGAAAGGAAGAAACGGCCCCAGUGACAUAAAAAUUUUAGUGACGAACGAUGAGCCUCUGCACACGCUGCCAUCAGGAGCCGUGGGGAGAAGAGCUCCGCUGAAUCCUUUUUCAUCCCCCAUCCUUGGAAAGUACAGGAGAAAAAAUAAAAAUGCUAAAAUAAAAGUCAAAGACCCAAGGCUUAAUAAUAACCCACUGGUGGGGAGGUUAGUAGUGUGUAUAUCUUCAACAGCGAUCCUGUUUUGGAUCUUCUUCGCAGAAAUGAUUUUUAAUUACAAUACAUUUAAUGGGAGAUGUAUUUCGAAGGUACUAUAUCCUAUUUACACAGAAUCUGUGAUGAAGAAAAGGGAACCUUUUUUUGUGUUCCUUGGUUAUGGAGCAUGUGAAUACAAUUUAGAGGAGUCUGCAUCGGAUCGACAUUUUGUCGGAACCAGUGCAUCGGACAAAGGUUGGCCCACAAACAAGGUAGAAGAAAAUAGAGAUGCAAGAGGAGAAUCCAGCUGGGAUAGUGUAAAUACACGUGUAUAUAAUCAGUUAGGUGGGUUGAACACAAAUUACAUAAGAAAUUAUGGAGAAAUCUAUCGACUGUUUUGGUCUGUCUAUCUUCAUGGUGGAUUCAUGCACAUAAUAUUUAAUGUGAUAUGUCAGAUACAGAUUCUUUGGAUUAUUGAACCUGAUUGGGGAUUCAUACGAACUCUGAUUCUUUUCUUUACUUCCGGAGUUACAGGGAAUUUACUCUCUGCUGUUUGUGAUCCAUGUGGUGUCACCAUCGGCUCUUCUGGUGCAUUGUAUGGUUUGAUAGGAGCUCUCUUUACUUACUAUAUUGAAUACUGGAAAACCAUUCCUAGACCCUGUUGUGUCGUAAUUUUUAUGCUUAUAGUAACCAUUUUUGGUAUUUUUAUUGGUAUGUUUGGAUAUACAGAUAAUUACGCUCACAUGGGUGGUUGUCUAGGGGGGAUACUCUAUGGCUUUGCUACCAUCACUACUGUCUCUGCAGCGGAUAAAUGCACACUAGGGGAACGUAUGUUAACAUCUGCACCCUUUUCAUGGUUUUUAUCUGAUGAAACGAAGGAGUUGAUUAAUGCCAAAGCUAGGGAAAAGAAAAUACGAGGAGAUAACUACCGAAAGAAACAAAUCGCUAACAAGGUCCAUAAGAAUGACGCUCUCCAUGUGAUGAUGUCUCUCAUGAAGAAUCGAAUAAAUGAGGAAGGUAGACCUCCAUGUAAAAUGAAACUACGCGAAUGGAUCGUCCGAAUCACUGCAGCCUCUGCACUCAUCAUCCUAUGGAUCGUUCUCUUCGUCUACCUACUCAAUGAGACCGCCUACAAGUCCUACACCCCCAUGGGGCAGAUCAAAUUUACUGGUGUCCACACUUGCUUCUGCUGCGAGGUCAACAAGGACAAGUUCCCCUUUAUCAGUGCAGAGAAGUUUUACUGGUGCUUCACCAACGAGGAGGCUACCAAGUACUACUGCGGCAAGUGA